UCUGAAUUAUAUUUGGCCCACUAAAACCUUAAACGAAUUCCUUCUCAAAUAUCCCGGUCUAUUACAAUCAACCGAAAACAAAUCCGAAUUCUAUGGAAACAUUAAAAUCAAGAAUAAAAGGUUCCAUGUAAGAUUGUUUUGUCCCAACUUUCCUUCAACAAACGAUUUCAAACUCACUGUCAACAAUGGAAUCGCUGUAAAUAUCCUUGAUAACUUUGAUCCAUCAAAGACAAUCAAUCAAAUCAUCGAAGAUAUACCAAAUAUAUUACAAAACUCUCACAAUCUUAAUUGUGAAGGAUCCUUUUCCUUAUUUGAAGCCCAGAAUGAAAUCCUUAAACUUAAAUCUCCAAUGUACAAGAUUUAUACCAAUUCCCAAUUCAGUUCCAUUCGAUUUACAGACUUUGAUCGAUUCAAAGGACACUACUUACAACUUGGAUUUGACAAUACAAAAAAUUAUACAAUAUUCGAUCAUAGUCUUCCAAAAGGUAUUCAAUGGGAAGACGUUUUACUCUCAACAAGUUCAUCAGUUAAAUGCUUUUUAGAUCAAUUUUUUAAAUUUCUUGAAGAAUUGAAAGACUUUUAUACAAAUUUAGCUGACAUAGAUGAACUUUGUUAUGUCGUUCAACCUUUAAGACCCUCCACAAAAGAAAAUUGGAGAAUAUUCAAAUUAAAAGACAGAGUCUUUGUAAAAAUUGUUCUCGAUCCUUUUACAUCUUCUCCAGUUAAUUUGAAUCUUUAUGGACCAACUUAUGAAGUCGAAUCACUUCGUUCAAUUUUAAGUGAAGGUUUGAAAAAUUGGGAUACUGAAAUGGAUGUUCAUGCAAAUUUGUUGAGAACAUUUGAGUUGACUUAUUUCCCGAUGGUCAAUGAAGGGACGGAAGAAUGUUGUAAUAUUUGUUAUUGUUAUCAGUUAGAGGAACAUGUUCCAUUUAUUUCAUGUGAUAAUAGAAGUUGCAGUUUGGUAUAUCAUGCAAUAUGUUUGAAGGAAUGGUUUACUACAUUGGCUGAUGGGAAGGUGUUUUUGGAUGUUUCAUUUGGGGCAUGUCCAUUUUGUAAGACGAAACUUUCUACUACAUUUGCUGAUAUGUUGAAAUAAUGGAAAAGAGAUGAAAAUAAAGAUUUACUUUUAAAAUUAUUAAGUUUGAAACUAUCUUGGUAAGUUUUAUGGAAUCUCUUCUCUUUUUUU